AUGCUGAUCUCAUUGCUUUUCUCUCCACUUCAAGCCGAUGAGCAAUCGGAUUUCUGCCGACAAUUCCCAUCGCUUGCGCUCUGCAAAUUGCCGACGAUUCUCCAGGGCUCUUACGACGAGCUACAGUACCUCUUGGCUGGCGUCGAUCAACCACAACAAGCUGUCGGACAUGAAAUGAUCACCAAUCAGGCACUUCAAAAGAGAAAAUCGGCAUUCGUACGAUUCGGAAAGAGAUCCGACACACAGAUUGGAGAUACGGAAAUCCCGGAAAAGCGCAAGUCAGCUUUCGUCCGUUUCGGUCGCUCCGAUCCAGCGAUGGUAGCCGAAAUGGAGAAAAGAAAAAGCAACUAUGUUCGCUUUGGU